AUGUCGCCACCUCCAGGAAUGAAGCGUGAAUCAGCCCAAGCCCGACUUCUCGGCUCGGGUCUAUCCGGCAUUGCUGAACUACUCGUCUUCCACCCUGUCGACACAGUCGCCAAAAGACUGAUGUCCAAUAAAACCACGGGUCUAUCUAUGACUCAAAUCGUAUUCAAAGACAAAGCUUCCGCCAACGUCUCCACCAAAUUCCUCUCCCUCUUCCCCGGUCUAGGUUAUGCUGCAGGAUACAAAGUGCUUCAACGAAUCUACAAGUUCGGUGGUCAACCUUACUUUAACGAUUACCUUACCUCGAACCACAAAAAGUCAUUCGAUAACUUGUUCGGUGAACGAGCAGGAAAGAGUAUCAUGUCUGCUACCGCUGGCUCGCUUACUGGUAUUGGAGAAAUCGUACUUCUACCCCUAGACGUACUUAAGAUUAAGAGGCAGACCAACCCCGAGGCAUUCCGAUCCAGGGGUUUCUUGCGCAUCCUUGCCGACGAAAACGUAAACCUUUACCGCGGAUGGGGUUGGACCGCAGCCCGAAACGCUCCAGGCUCAUUCGCACUGUUCGGCGGAAGUGCAUUCACAAAAGAGUACAUUUUCGGGUUGAAAAACUACUCAGAUGCCACCUGGACCCAAAACUUCUUCGCUUCCAUCGGCGGUUCAGUCGCUUCCAUCACCGUAGCCGCCCCGCUUGAUGUGGUAAAGACCAGAAUACAGAAUGCUAACUUUGAAAGCAAGGUAGGAGGUGUGCAAAUCAUCAAGGAGAUGGUAAAGAAUGAAGGUUUCAGUGCGUUUUUCAAGGGUUUGACACCAAAAGUGUUGGUUGUGGGACCAAAGUUGGUGUUCAGUUUCACCAUCGCUCAGAGUUUGAUUCCGUUCUUUGGCAAGUACGUCUAA